AUGCCUCCCAAGUUCAACGACUCGUGGUACUACCCCGACGACAUCGCCCACGACCUCGACGGGGUCGAGGGCCUGUCGGAAGCGUUGAAGCAAGAGGCCUACGCCUGCGCGUGGGAGUACACACGAUGUGUGAUCCCUCAGUACACCAACUGGGACCGCUACGUCGCCUUCAUGCGCACCAUCAUCAUCGGCAUCAUCGCGGAGUUCCGCGGGGAGCUCGUCGACGUGGCAGGCAGCGACUCCAUCAUGGGCUGCUACUCGCUCAGCGCGGUGCUGGACGCGCUGUUCGAGGGCACGCCCGGGCACGCCCUCAUGGUGCGCGAGUACAAGACCUUCCUGCUGGUGACGUCGGAGAAGACGAGCAAGCGCCGCGACAGCGAGCUGUUUCGGCGCUACGUCAACGGGCUGGCGGCGUCGCCGCGGCACUGGUUCCGCAUGCGCGACUGCGACGCCCUGGCGCGCUUCUCGCUGGCGGCGGCGCUGGCCUGCAACGACGUUUACGACGUCUUCCCCACCGACGACCAGUUCGAGCUGCUGACCGAGAUAGGCGACACCCUCUACGACGCCGUCGCCUUUUACAAGCACCGCAGCGAGGGCGAGACCAACAACACCUUCGCCUACGUGCCUGCCGACAUGCGCAUCCAGGCCUUUCGCGUCGCCCGCGAGAUGCUCUGGGCUUUGGACGUUGCCUAUGCCCGCAAGCCCGGGGGCGCCGUCCUCAUGAACUUUAUCCGCUUCUUCGGCGGUCCCAUCCACAUGAUGAUGCGCAGAUACCGCUUCGUCGAGGAGGACCUGACCAUUGGCAAGCCAGAGACCGCCGCGGUCGUCGCGCAGACGCGCCGCAACUUCAAGCUGUGGAACCGCGUGGACGCCCAGGGCAGCGUGGCUAGUCAGAGCAGCAGUGACGGCAACGACCACAACAACAAUAACAACAACAACAGCAGCAGCAGCAGCAGCCGCAGCAGUAGCGUCAGCAGCAGCGGAGUGAGCGACGCCGGUUCAACCCAUAGCAGCGGCGCUGACAGCAACACCACCAGCAUCGAGCCCGACAAACAAGACCAGCAAGGCCAGCAAGACCAGCAAGACCAGCAAGACGUCGCUGCCGAGGCGCCAGGGGCCGAGAGGUUCCGCAGCCUAAUGGCGCGGAGCGAGGAGCUCAUGUUCUCGGAGCUGCCGACGUACCUGACUCGGUCCGGCGAGCCGCACUGCAACCGAUGCCACUACCGGUCGUCGUACGGGGCGCAACGCCUGCACCGCUUCGGCGGCGUCGAACUGUGCCGCGGCUGCCGGGCCAUGUGGCGUGGCUACGUCGACUCCCUGCCCGAGCGCGUCCAAGAGAGCUUCCCCGACGUUGUGCUCAAGGCGCCGCCCCCGCCGUCUUCUUCGUGCCGUGUCGCCACUGCUGGCGAGGUUGACGCCGCUUCUAGCCGUAGAAGCAAGCGACUGCGCGAGGAUCUGACCGCCGCGGGCGAGUACAUCGCAGUGGCGGGGACGGCGGGGGAGGAUGACGUGCCCCGGUCCGUUGAGGUUGUCAUGGAUAUUCCGGAGGCUGAGGGAGCCCUCCACGAUAUGAGGUCGGCUGUGGCGGUUUUUUGA